UGGGUUCAGUGCUUCGGUCCUGCUUUCCACGGGCCCUCGCCUAGGCCAUAAGUUCCCGAGAGGUGGACACGAAGACUAGACGGGUCCCUGGGCACGAUGCUGUGCCCACGUGCAGUGAGAGGCCCGAGCUGGAAACGAGGAUGAGGGCGGGAAGGGGGGCCCGGGGGGCUCGGGAAGGUACUGACUUGGCCGCUCCGCGGCUCGCCAGGCUCUGCGUUAACCCUCCGCGCCCCGGUUCCACGGCUGCUGCAGUCUGGCGAAGAGGACGCAUCAAGCGAAUUUCUUGCUCCAGCACCACAUGAAAGGGGCAGCCGGGAGCCAGAGACACACAAGGAGCAGGAGGAACUGUGGCGGGCGGGAGGAGAAGUUGGAGCGCGGGGCAGGUUGGCCCAUGAUCUCCAAGGAGGCCUCUUAGCGGAGAGUCGUGCUGCCUGCCGCCAUGUCCAAGGAGGUCGGGAGCUGCCGCCUGGGCGCCACCUACAAGCCCAAGGAGCGGAAGCCCAAGAAGCCACACUACAUCCCAAGGCCCUGGGGCAAGCCGUACAACUACAAGUGUUUCCAGUGCCCCUUCACUUGCAUGGAGAAGUCCCACCUGUACAACCACAUGAAGUACAGCCUCUGUAAGAACUCCCUGUCCCUGCUCAUUGACUCCUCGGACUGGGCCUAUAAGAAGGGUCACCUCCUCCAGCCUGAGCUGCGGCUCUUCCCAACUGCUGAGGGGCCGAGGGGCCUGCCCAAGGGUGACCCUUCUGACCCAGCCCCACCUAAGCGGCCAAAGCCAGGACCCAGGCCGGGGGACGGCUCCCCAGCGGAGCCGGGGCCACCAAGUGAGGAUGGGGGGGCUUUCCCUGAGGAGGAGGAAGAGGAGGAAGUGGCAGGUGGGCUAUUAAGGGCCAUGGACCCCAGUGACAUUAGGAAGGCUGGGGCCCCAGGUGAAGCUGAUGUGGGAGCCCUCCUCUUUGGUUUCAAAGACAAGAACAGGGAGCCAGAGCCUGACUUUAUCAUCACUGAUGUCUUCUCCCUCCGGAAUGCUGGGAGCAGAGGUCGGGAGCCCCCCUCACCAGAGGCUGAUCCCAAGCCAAAGGCAGGAAGGGCGCCUAAGAAAUCCCUGAGCACUGGUGGGCUCCUUAUGGAGCAGUGGAGGCUGGUGGCCGGAGGCCAGAAGAGCAGAGCCAGUGUAGAUCUGGCCCCAGUGGGCACCGAGGGCAGUGGUAUCAUCCCUUGCUAUCCCCCUCCAGCUUAUAGUGAUUAUCAGGAGACUCAGGGCCUCAACCUGUCCCUUUUGGGCAUAAAUUACCCCCUGAGCCCUGGGCUCUUCUCCUACCUUGGGCCCACACUCACCACUGGUGCUGCCACCACCCAUACCCCCCUAACCCAGAUGCCUUUUUUGGCAUCAGCUGCUCAACUCUUGCCCCCACCAGCUGCCACAACCGCUUCACCCUUCCAGACUCUCCAAGCCCCGGAACGUUCGGCCUUCCUCCCACGAUUCUACUACCCCCUGCUGUUUGAGCAUGCCCUAGGAACCCCCAGUGGGAAAGCUGCGGAUGCCCAACCUGCCCCCGCAAACCUUGCCCUCCCAGCUAAGACACCAGGGGAGAUGCCCACUGCUCUAGGGCUCCUCAAGGUGCCUAUGUCCAAGGCAGUUGCAUCCUGGCCCCGUAGCUCUCGGAGAGACCCAGUCCAGGAGGUGGAGCUCAAAGCAGGGCCUCCGGGAGCCAAGGAGGAAGAAGAAGAAGAGGAAGAGGAAGGCAGGUGUCGGGGGCCCCAGAAGGAAGCGACUGGGCCAAGCAGAAUGCCAUCAGAGAUCUACCGGGGCUUGCUUGGGACUAGCUCCAGGAAGGCCCAGGGAAGCUUGGCUGGCCCCUCAGCGGCAGUGAGCACUCUGAAGAGAAAGUCCUUUUUGGGGAAUGGACUUGACUUCCUGAAGGAUCCCUCCGGUGUGGACAGCCUGCCAUUGGGGAAGUUUGACUACCAGAGGAGUGUGCCAGCUGCCACACCCCUGCUCCCUUGGCCCAAGGACUCUGAUACAGUUGGUUCGGAGGCUACUUCCCCCAGGCUCCCAGCCCUGGAUGGAACCCCUGGCAAACAAAUGCAGGGAUACAGGCCGGCAAGCCCGGGGCCCAUCGGAGAGGAUCUGUCCAAAGCCCUGGGAGACUAUGAGAAAGUGGAGAGACGGCUGGGUCAGCUGGCUACCGCGGGUGGCCCCACUCAGGGGCCACUUCGGGAACAGCUGGGAAAGAUACGUCGGGAGCUUUACCACAUUCACCAGGCCCUGGAGAAGGCAACCAGGCCUCCCGAGGGGCCCCUUGACCUGUCUGUGAAGAGAGUGCCCGACAAAGGGCCAUCCCCUACUGGGUUGGAGCUGGAGGAGGGUGGCUGGGAGGAAAGUGGGUUGGAGACCACCAAGACACCCUUGGAUCUGCUGCUACUGCAGCUGGGCCAGCCAGAGGGGAGACAAGGAUCCUCAGAAUCCCCUGGGGUGCCCAUUACAGUUCUACCCCCAACAUUGGCAACAGAGCCUUUCUAUGGCCAUACCACUAAGUGUGAGGCAGACUCCAGUGUCUUACUGGGUGCUGAUGGGAGAGCUCCUGGGGGGUCUGGGUCUACCCCAGGGGGCCCCCAGCUCCUGGCUCCUGAGGAAGGGCCUCUAGGUGGUUGGGGCGGGGGACCUCGAAGUGGCAUGGGGGUCCUUCCUGGGGACCCAGAAGCCACAUGUCUUCAUAGUCCUGAGAACACUGAAGUCUGACCUAGUCUCCCCGCUCCCUCAUCCUCCAAACACCCUGGACUUAUGUAUCCUGCCCAAUUCCCCUGUCUCAGUCCUGGAAAAUGGGCCAUCUCAGAUCAGGGAGAUUUCCCAGGUGGGUACCAAAGCCCUCCCCUGAUCUUUCUCUCCUGGGGCUAUGAGUCAGGGAGGGGAUGAAAACAAACCCUGGGGAGGACGAAACAACUGUGUCCCUCAGGAACCAAAGACUCAGUGUUUAUCUGGACUGGAUUGUGUCUCCUCUCUCCACCAUCUGAGUCCCCAGGAGAAAGGGCUCUGGCAGAAGCCACUUCCUCCUUCCAGGAGGGCAGAGAUCCCCUUGGGCAUUGCCCCCUGGAGAAUCUUAUUCUCAGUGUACCGCCCCAGCUCUAACCACUUCAUUUCUCCCUCUAGUUCUCAGCCCAGUAGCUCUUUCUGGAAUCCCCAAAACCAAAUGAUGAGGGCCCUGGACACCACCCAAACCACAGCCCUGCCCCCAAACUGCCAAACCAUCCAAAGUGGGUCUUCCUUCUCUCUGUUGGUUCCCAAUUUCAGCUUUCUUAGCAUCACUGAUGUGAUGUCAUCUAUCAUCACUAGGUUUCUUCACCUCGCCCACUUUACCCUUGUCUCUCUGUUUAGGAACCUCCUCUCUUUCCCCACUCUCUUACAAUUUCUCCUGGCCUGCUUCCCCCAACCCUUCUCCAUUCCCUCUUUCCACUUGCCCUCAUCUACCCCACCCCCAGGCUGAGUGGAGGCAAAGCAUCCUCUCUCCAGACACUGACCCUGCUACCUCCUCCCUGCCCAGGGCUCUGGAGAAGUAAAUGCCCCCCUUCCCUUAAGACUGGUGUGAGGGCCUCACUGUAUGGAAAAUCUGGUGCUAUUGUAGAUUUAGGUUAAGUUUGGCAAACAGCUCUCCAUAUAAGGCACCCCGGGGCGGAAGAGGGGAACCUACUAGAUCCAAUCUCAGCUGAAUGAAGUUUGUCUUCCACUUUCUUUUCUCCCGUUCUCUGCCUUAUUCCAGCUCUCUACCCUGCUCCAAAGUCGCUCCAUAGUCUAAUCUCUUUCUGGACCAGUCCUGGCCAAGCCUGUAAUCCACCCUUAGGAUCAGAGAAUCAUAGGUUGUGGACCUGGAAAGGACCUUCUGUCCACUGGGUGCACCCAAGAAACAAAGAUGGGCUUCUUUCCAAGGGGCUGGCUGGAAAGUAGAUAGAGACCUGGCCUUGGAUCCAGCAUGGCUGGAGUUCAAGUCUUGCCUGACACAUAAUGGUUUGUGUGACCUUGACAAGUCAUUAAACAUCUCAGUGCAUCGGGCAAGCUCUCUAAACCUAGACAUUGCAGAGAACGAGGGAGCCCAGAUCUCGAGAGGAAAUUGCCUUUACCUGGGAGUUCCCUGAACCCAGGAGAUCACAGGUCCCGUCCCUUUCCUUAUCUUUUAUUAGGGUUCGACUUUAAGGAAAAGAAGAAAUUUACAGAGAAUAUGGGGUUACGAAGUUACAGAGUCCAUUGAUCUUCUGAGAGGCUUGCAAAUUUAACCCUAGAGGCAGGAGUUUGUUGUGAUUAUUUUUUCCUAGUCCCCUCCCAACUGGUCUAGCCCCAUUGCCCAAGGACAAAGACUGAACAUUCUCUCCUUGGUGACUACACCAACUUUUGCUAACCUUGUGACCCGGGAACAAGUCAAUUAAUUUGGCCGACACUAUCCUCAUCUGAAAAAGGAGGAGACUGGAUUAGAUGAUCAUUAAGGUCCCUUCCGGUUCUAAAUCCUGUAAUCUUUUCUUGUGGUGCCCCCCCACCCCAUCUUCUGGAGCCUCACUUCGAGUCUCUAUUAGUCUACCUUCCAGAGGCACUAUCCAGAACCUUCCUAACUCACCAGCCCUACUAGGGAAAUGUUCACUGCGUUCUUCAUGAAGGAACUACAUACAGCACUACAGUUCUAUAUAAUCAGAUCUGCACAUAAGCCACACCAAAUGUAGUAUAAGAGAAGUUCUCCCCCUCCUCACCCCCAUCUGGAUGAGGGAAGACGACAUCCCAAUUCCAAGGCCAGACUGAAGGGCCCCUUGAGAAAGGAAGGCGGGGAUCUGGUAGGAACUCUUCCCAAAUCUUGCCUCCAGCAGGCUCUGCCUGGGAUUGCCUGAGAAAGUUCAUGAAGCCCACCCUCACCCCAAUGAAGCCUGAGCUCAGGUCACACCUUCCCCUCUAGAUGUCAGUUCCUACCCCUGGCGGACUCCCCCUCCAUGGGCAAGUAACCUAGGUGGUCAUUGACACUGGUACAAAGGGAGAGGAUAUUUGCCCUGAGUAACCCCAUCCUGACCCUAGGACCUUUCAUCGUAUAUCAGGACUCCAAGAUGGGGCUUUUAUCUCCCUUCGCCCUUCCCCAACUGGUGUGAUGUCUCCCCUCCAUCUGUCCCCCUCAGAAAGAGGACAGCUUCUUGGAUACCCUAUACUGUGCAUGGAUGGAAGGACAAUCACUUCCUGGGUUCUUAGUGAUUAUUCAUUUCUGGGGAAUUGGGAAGAGGGCAGAGGAGUAAUGGGGGUGGCAGGGG